UUAAAGAUGAGUCAAACCUAAAUUUCUAUGUUAAGGGUUUGAAUCCAUUUUAAUUAAUUUCUUGAAAUGUUUUAAUUCAAUUCCAAAUUCAUCAAACAUAUUUGUUCCCUUGAAAUCUUUGAGUUUCUACAUAUAAUAAGCAAAUGAAUGAUUUUGGAUGAAAAUAUCAUAUUCUUGAUUUUUUUCUUCUGGUGUCCAGAACCUGCAUUGGAGUCCCGAUCAUCUCAGAAUACGCAUUAACGUUGUAGGGCUCAUUCUGGGGGUGACGCUCCAACAAAAUUUUCUAUUUUCUCCAUACCGAGAGCUCAAACUCGAACUUUUUGAUUGAUUAUUUUCAUGCCAACAAAGGUGAAAGGCCUUCUUAAAGGCCUUAGGUACAUUUCUCAUGUUUUUGAUGAUGAUAAAAAGAAAGACAUGCAAAUUGGUUUUCCAACAGAUGUGCAACAUGUGGCACAUGUUGGAUGGGAUGGUAAAUCAGUUGAUAAUCCAAGCUGGAUGAAAGAAUAUAAAUCACCAGGAGCAUUUCAAUCAGCACCAUUGGCUCUUUCUCCUAGAGAACUUAAAGAGACACCUGAUAUUAAAUGGGUUUCUGAAGAUUCAAACAGGAGGCCAAGAAAUGCAGCAAAUUCUUCACCAACAAAAGAAAAACCAGACAAGCUAAGAACAUCCAGGAGACAUAGCACAACAGAAAAUGGCAGCAAUGAGAACACUACAAACAAAGAGCCUGGCACCAAAUCCAGGAGUUCGCGGCGACACCAUCACAAGGACACAUCAGAUGGACACAAAUCGAGUGAAUCCGUGGGCAAAAACAACCACGAUAUCCCUAAAAAAUCAAGACGAAAGAAGUCCAAGGAGGAUGGUGGAUCGAACCGAUCAUCAAGAUCCAAAGACACUUGUUCUAGUACAACACAAACUACAGAAUCAGGCCCUGGACAAGAAAGUCAUGAGAGUAGUGGUAUUUGUAAAGAAAUACAAGAGGAGUGACAAAAACAAACAAACAAGAAUGUAAUAUACUUGAAAAGUUUUCAUUUUUUUUGAGACCAUACAAAAGAUUUCAUUCACAAUUUGUAGUAUAUGUAUUGUAGAAUGUGUGAACAAUCUUACUUUUUGACACCAUGUUCAUCAAGUAGAUUCAUUUCCUAGGUUCCUAGUUGUUUGUGUGUGCCUUGCAACUUGUAUGAGUCGAUGGGUUAACAAAGGGCAUAUAUACGAGAUAGAAGAUAACGCUAGAGACAUAUGUUGUUAGCUAGAUUCAGGAUUUGAACUUUAUGAAUUUGAAUUCUAGGACAGCGAUAGAGA